ACCUGUGUAACCAGUCCAACCUGCGGUCUCGCUCCCUGUCGGGUACAGGACGCUCCCUGGUGGGGUCUUGGCUCAAACUGAACCGGACAGAGGAGUACUUCCUGCUUUACUCCCACCUGACCUACGUCACCCUGCCGCUGCACCGAAUCACCUCAGAUAUCCUGGAGGUGAGACAGAAGCCCAUCUUGAUGACAUAGCAGAUCAGAGCUCCAGUCCUCCCUACGAAGUGCCUUCCUGCAUCAGGCCCUGACUGACACCACUACAACCCAGUGGUGAGAUGGAAAACUACAGCAACACUACCACCAUCUGGUGGCGAGACAGAACUACAACCAAACCUGGAAUUACAGCAACACUACCACCAUCUGGUGGUAACAUGGAGGAAUUACAGCAACACUCCCAUCUGGUGGCGAGACAGAGAACUACAACCAAACCUGGAAUUACAGCAACACUCCCAUCUGGUGGCGAGACAGAGAACUACAACCAAACCUGGAAUUACAGCAACACUCCCAUCUGGUGGCGAGACAGAGAACUACAACCAAACCUGGAAUUACAGCAACACUCCCAUCUGGUGGCGAGACAGAGAACUACAACCAAACCUGGAGUCAACGGCAAGAGAUGACUAUUAAAAAAAACCUUUGGCACAAUGAAAACCAGCCAAUCAGAAAGUGCCUCUUCCCUCUGUCACGUUCCUGCUCGAUGAGGAUUCGCCGGUGGGUGCGAGGCAAACAGGCAUAGCAACACGCCUGUCCUGUCAGGAUCACGAAGUGAAGUGCCAUUGUCUGAACUCUGACCUGGAACUAAAAAUGAUUUAGAAUGUCUCUGGACGAAUCUAAAAUGGAACUCUAUUUCCCAGUUUAGUGCACUAACUUUGACCUUGGCCCUAUGUGGACUCUGACCUAUAGUAGUGCUCUAUAAAAGGGAAUAGGGUGCCAUUUUGGACAACGUCUCUGCUUUGUUGUAAAUAUCCUGCUGCUUAACUAGUCACUGAUAAGCCUUUAGGAAAGGUGACGCUUCUGUCUGUGUUUUGUGUUUCUAUCUGCGAGGUUCACUGUGUGGCGGGGAAGGUUUUAAAAGGGGAUUGUGUCUCUAAGUCCCAGGGCUUUGUUGCCUGUGGUCUUCAGCCUAUCAGCACCACCACUGACACAUAAAGGAUGUUACUCUGAGACCAAAAUGUCACCGUUAUUCCCUGUAUUGACCAGGGCUGUAGUAUCCAGGGCUGUAGUAUCCAGGGCUGUAGUAGCCAGGGCUGUAGUAUCCAGGGAGUAGGUUUCCAUCCGGCAAACGGUCUGGGGAUCCUUUAACCCUACAGUUUUAACGGGAUUAACUUUCAACGGGGAAUUUUUAGCAUCCAUAUAACAU